GCGAGAGCGCCUCCACGUUACACUCAGUCUAUCCCCGGCAGCCAACAUGUAUAGGGCGGGAGCGGCGAUACAGCGCCAUGGGCGGGCACUCUCAACGGUAGGCCGCAGGGCGCUCAACAGCAGCAAGGGCUCUCCCACGGACGCCCAAACCCUGGCCCCUCUAACCUGCUUCCGCCACGUGCACACCACAGCGCCCGCGUCCAAGAAAGACGAGAAGGACAAGAAAGUUCCCAGACCGACCUUGACCAAGCGCGUCCCGACCCCUGAGGUGAAGAAGGCGGCAGCGAAGGUCGCGGGCUGGAAGGAGACAUGGGACCCGAAGAAGCCCUCCAACGCGUCGAAGGCCAUCGCGGCGGCCCUGGGGAAGACGGGCGGGGAGGAGAAGGCGCCGGAGGCCUCGGCGGCCCUCAAGGGAGCCACGCUGAAGGACAUCAUUGCCGCGCAGCCGGAGAUCCUGCAGCCGUCGAAGAAAAAGGACGGCUCGUCUUCGUCGGACUCCGAAAAGGCUCCCGGAAAGGCUGCUGCAACGGGUGAAAAAACAGAGGCAGCUGCACCAGAAAUAGUGAAGGAAACAGCAUCAAAGGAACCAGUUAAGGAAGCAGAACCAGCUGCUGCUGCACCAGAACCUGCCAAGGAAGCAGAACCAGCUGCUGCUGCACCAGAACCUGUCAAGGAAGCAGAACCAGCUGCUGUAGCACCAGAAUCUGUCAAGGAAGCAGAACCAGCUGCUGCUGCACCAGAACCUGUCAAGGAAGCAGAACCUGCUGCUGCACCAGAACCAGUCAAGGAAGCAGAACCAGCUGCUGCAGCACCAGAACCUGUCAAAGAAGCAGAACCAGCAGCUGCAGCACCAGAACCUGUCAAGGAAGCAGAACCAGCUGCUGCUACACCAGAACCUAUCAAGGAAGCAGAACCAGCUGCCGCUGCACCAGAACCUGUCAAAGAAGCAGAACCAGCAGCUGCAGCACCAGAACCUGUCAAGGAGGCAGAACCAGCUGUUGCUGCACCAGAACCAGCUGCUGCUGCACCAGAACCUGUCAAAGAAGCAGAACCAGCAGCUGCAGCACCAGAACCUGUCAAGGAGGCAGAACCAGCUGCUGCUGCACCAGAACCAGCUGCUGCUGUACCAGAACCAGCUGCUGCAGCACCAGAACCUGUCAAGGAAGCAGAACCAGCUGCUGCAGCACCAGAACCUGUGAAGGAGGCAGAACCAGCUGCUGCUGCAGCACCAGAACCAGUCAAGGAAGCAGAACCAGCUGCUGCAACACCAGAACCCAUCAAGGAAGCAGAACCAGUUGCUGCUGCAGCUCCAGAACCCAUCAAGGAGGCAGAACCAGCUGCUGCUGUAGCACCAGAACCCAUCAAGGAAGCAGAACCAGCUGCUGCUAUACCAGAACCUGUCAAGGAAGCAGAACCAGCUGCUGCUGCACCAGAGCCUGUCAAGGAAGCAGAACCAGCCGCUGCAGCACCAGAACCCGUCAAGGAAGCAGAACCAGCUGCUGCUGCACCAGAACCAGCUGCAUCAGCACCAGAAGCAGUCAAAGCAGAGCCAGAAGCAGCUGCCCCAGAGCCAGUGAAGGAGGCUGAACCAGUCGCCACAGCUGCAGAACCUGCCAUAGAACCAGCGUCACCAGAACCAGUCCAAGAGGCCGUGACAGCGGCCUCUGAAUCAGAAAUUUCUCCAGAAGCUUUAUUACAACAAGCAGAUGCAGCUGCAGCAGCAGAAGCCGCUGCUGCUGAUGCAGCUGCAGCAGCAGAAGUCGCUGCUGCUGAUGCGGCUGCAGCUACAGAAGCUGCUGCUGCAGCUGCUGUUGCUGCAGUAGAAGCAGCUUCAACAACGCCUUUGAGUGAAGACACAGGCGAAGAGCCCUUAGGAAAAGUAACAGCUGUCAUCGGUGCCGUGGUGGACGUCCAGUUCAAAGGAAGUCUUCCACCGAUUCUUAAUGCCCUGGAAGUGGAGGGUCGCUCGCCACGGCUCGUGCUAGAGGUGGCACAGCAUCUCGGUGGUAACACAGUACGAACAAUUGCCAUGGAUGGCACAGAAGGACUUAUACGUGGACAAACUGUAACUGAUUCAGGCAGUCCCAUUUCAAUUCCAGUUGGUCCUUCGACUCUAGGCAGAAUCAUGAAUGUUAUCGGCGAGCCCAUCGAUGAGAGAGGGCCCAUCGACUCCAAAGCCUUCGCUGCUAUCCACGCAGAUGCUCCAAGUUUUGAGGACAUGAGUGUACAGGAAGGAGACAGCAUGAAAUGGUGAGUGGUGGACAUGUUAGCUCCUUACUCAAAGGGAGGGAAAAUUGGUUUAUUCGGUGGUGCUGGUGUGGGCAAAACUGUACUCAUUAUGGAACUCAUCAACAAUGUGGCCAAAGCUCAUGGUGGCUACUCCGUCUUUGCUGGUGUGGGAGAAAGGACCCGUGAGGGAAAUGAUCUCUACCAUGAGAUGAUUGAGUCUGGAGUCAUUUCACUCAAAGAUGAUACAUCUAAGGUAGCCCUUGUGUAUGGCCAGAUGAAUGAGCCACCCGGUGCCAGAGCUCGUGUGGCACUCACCGGUCUCACUGUGGCGGAGUAUUUCAGAGAUGAAGAGGGCCAAGAUGUGCUCUUCUUUGUGGACAACAUUUUCAGAUUUACACAGGCAGGUUCCGAGGUAUCUGCUCUUUUAGGACGCAUCCCAUCUGCGGUGGGAUACCAGCCUACUCUUGCAACUGACAUGGGUAGCAUGCAGGAGAGAAUUACCACAACCAAGAAGGGUUCCAUUACAUCAGUGCAGGCCAUCUAUGUGCCAGCUGAUGACCUGACUGACCCCGCCCCGGCCACCACUUUUGCCCAUCUCGACGCCACCACUGUGCUAUCCCGAGGCAUCGCAGAACUGGGCAUCUACCCUGCUGUCGACCCCCUGGACUCCACGUCGAGGAUUAUGGACCCAAAUAUCAUUGGCGAGGAGCAUUACGCGACGGCGAGAGGUGUUCAGAAAAUCUUGCAGGAUUACAAGUCCUUGCAAGACAUCAUCGCCAUCUUGGGCAUGGACGAGCUCUCAGAAGAUGACAAACUGACCGUGUCCAGAGCUCGCAAAAUCCAGAAAUUCAUGUCACAGCCUUUCCAAGUCGCUGAGGUGUUCACUGGCUACGAGGGGAAGUUCGUCAGUCUUGAGAACACAAUAAAGAGUUUCAAAGAUAUCUUAGCAGGAAUGUAUGACAAUCUCCCAGAGGCCGCUUUCUACAUGGUGGGCGAUGUUUCAGAAGUGGAGGCAAAGGCAGCGCAACUUGCCCAAUAGGGGUUUUUUCCUUGUACAAAAUAAGUGUAGAUUGAGAAAUAUUAUUUGCAAAUGAUUUAUGAUGAACAGGUCAAGUAGGUUGUGUAUAAAAAAAAUGACUGAAGGGAUAUUGUAUAAAAAGAUAUAGACAUAGGGAAGAUAAAGUGUCUAACAUUGUGAUAAAUUCAGUACAGAAUAUGAUGGUUUUUAAUAAAAUGAUUUUUUGAA